AUGGCGGCUCCCUCCCCGCAGGUGUCUGUGAGCGACCAGAUUCGCCAACUAAACGACGCCAGGAAGCUCGUUCUCGGUGACGUUAAGUACUACCCGACGGUCGUCAAAAGCAUCCUACCAAUCGUCGGCCCCACAGCGGGCGUCGAACUGCGCAGAUGGGGCGCCGAUUUCCUCGCUGAAGCCUUCGCGACGCCAGCCCUCCCCGGAAGCGAGAAGGAGACGAUGCAGCUGUUUGUGCUGGACACUCUACAGACGAUGGUCGAGACCCCCAACGAGGACGCCCACGUCCUGCGAAGCGCUAUUCAGACGGCAGCCAGCAUCUAUCCCUUUGCGCUGCGAUGGAUCAUCAAUAACUCGUACGACACAUUUACAUGGGAACGGAUGGUCGCGAUAAAGCAGAGGAUCCUUCGAAUUUGGGACGAUGCCGAAUCCACGGUGCGGAUAUGCUGUAUCAAGUUUGCCCAGCGAGUUGUUCUAGCACAGUCGGCGGCGAACCCCAACGAACCGAGACGUGGCGAUUCCCUUGACAUAUCACUCGACAAGAUCCCGCCAAACCACCAGACGUUGGAUGCUAGGACGCUCGACGCCGAAGGGGCUGGUUUACUGGACAGGAUACUGAGCAUACUGCAGGAGAACAGCAGUGAUGUGUUGCUCGUGGAUGCCACUUUGAACUGCCUGUCCAUUUUGAUCCGCAGUCGCCCGGGCACUGCCAAUAGGAUCCUCAAUGCCGUUCUCAACUUCAACCCGUUGAAGCUUGCAAACUCGCCAAUGACCCCUAGAACUCGUGUAAUGGUUAAGUCCAUGGAGAAGACUACUCGAAUGCUCUUGAUACAUCUAGCCAAACGGUAUAUCCUUAGUCCCAUGUGCACCAUUCUGCUGCACGUGGAGAGAAUGAUGCGCAUGAGACACGAGAUCUUUGAUGAAUCUGGCCGGAAACGUGCCCUCGAGGCACAGCAGCAACAAGAGGGUAUAGAAGCCAAGCGCCAGCGGAUGGCACCUCAAAUUGCGACAACGCCGCAGAUACAAAUCACGCCACUACCGCCAGGCCCUCACAGUCUAGGCGACGUCUUUACUCUUACUGGAAGCGAGGGACUGAAAGCGUUUGACGUGGGCACUUUGCCUACAGCUUUGGCUGCCAAGAUCAGCAUCACCACGCUCCUUCGGGCAGACGCCCAACUGCUCGCGAAAGCUGUCGAGGGUAUCCGAGGACGACUCAAUGUGCUCGCUGCCCAACCCCCACCACAAAUCGAUCCCGAAACCGCUCCUCUUGGCGUAGAAGAGGACGACGAUGAAUACGAGCCAGAUUUCUACGCCGCCGAGGACAACGAACAGAUCCUCAACAAGCUUGACAGCGACCCUGUAACCAAACCAGAUGACGGUGAUCUCGGUCUGAGGACGUUUAGACUACCACCUCCACCAGCACUUACGCCUGAGUUGGCACUCAGUGCGGGCCAAGGCUCUGUGAUGUCGCUUUUCCAGUUCGUCAAGACGUUAGAGGACCCUGCGAAAAAGUCAAAGUCUGGCAUCAACCGAUUGGCUGCCAGCACCAACGACCGAGAAUCUUGGAUUGCCAUUAUUACGCGCUUGGCCAGCCGUUCGUCGGCCGGCUUGGAGGGCGGUGUAAAGGACGAGGCCACUGGCCGUCUAGCUCUCGGUGACAGUAUCCGGGAGUCCCUGUAUACCUACGUCCUCGAGGACUUCCGCCGCCGUAUCGAUGUUGCCAUCACAUGGCUACAUGAAGAAUGGUACAACGAUCAGCUGCAGAAGAAGCAGGAUAGAGGCCAUCCCCUGCACUACGAGAAAUGGGCUCUGAAGUUGAUCGACGGCUUCUCUCAGUACCUCAAUGCGCAAGACAAGGUCAUUACUCGGUUCUUGGGCGAGAUUCCCGAGCUCAGCCCUGCCAUCUUAUCACGCGUCAAGUUGAUAUGUCGGGAUCCGUUGGUUGUGCCCCUGGCGUUGACAAGUCUGUUGUACCUGGUCAUGAUGCGGCCGCCGGCCAAAGACUUGGCUCUGGAUACAGUGCAAGAUAUAUGGACAGAGUAUGAGGACGCACGGCCUCUGGCGGCAAAAUACUUGGUAAAGUUCCGGCCGACCUGGUUAGAAUCGGCGAAGGCAGCUGCAGAGGCUGGAACAGCACCAGCGACGAACAACACGACGGCUAUCACAACAUAG